UCGCGGGACUGCUGAGCUGGUUUGUAUGGCGUAGCUGUACCUAUCCAGAGAUUCUGAUUAGCGUUUUUGUGCUUACGGAUGUAGGAUGAUACGCUUUUGAAUUAUAGAAGAAUCACCUUGACAGCCAACAUGAAUCUUGAGAGACUACGAAAGCGUGUCCGACAUUAUAUUGAUCAGCAACAGUAUCAAAGUGCCCUGUUUUGGGCAGACAAAAUUGCGUCGCUGUCACAUGAAGACCCCCAGGACAUUUAUUGGCUAGCACAGUGCCUUUACCUCACAUCCCAGUAUCACAGAGCCUCGCAUGCUCUACGCUCUCGCAAACUGGAUAAGUUGUAUGGAGCCUGUCAGUAUCUUGCUGCUAGAUGUCAUUAUGCUGCCAAAGAGUACCAGCAAGCACUGGACAUUCUGGACAUGGAGGAGCCAGCAAGCAAGAGGCUGCUGGACAAGAGUGUGAAGGAGGACAAUGGGAUCAAAGAGUCCAGUAAAGACUGGGGAAUGUCCACGGCUUCUAUCAAUAGCUCCAUCUGUCUGUUGCGGGGGAAGAUCUAUGACGCCAUGGACAACAGGCCCUUGGCUACAUCCAGCUACAAAGAGGCCUUGAAGCUAGAUGUCUACUGCUUUGAAGCCUUUGACCUUUUAACAUCUCACCACAUGCUGACGGCUCAAGAAGAAAAGGACUUCCUGGACUCCCUCCCUCUCAGCCAACAGUGUACAGAGGAGGAACAGGAACUACUUCGAUUUCUGUUUGAGAACAAAUUAAAGAAGUAUAACAAACCCAGUGAGGUGGUUGUCCCGGAUACAGUGAAUGGUCUCCAGGACAACUUGGAUGUUGUGGUAUCACUUGCUGAGAGGCAUUAUUACAACUGUGACUUUAAAAUGUGCUACAAACUCACAUCCAUGGUAAUGGUGAAAGAUCCAUACCAUGCCAAUUGUCUGCCAGUGCACAUAGGAACCUUGGUUGAGCUCAGCAAAGCUAACGAACUGUUUUACCUCUCUCAUAAACUGGUGGAUUUGUAUCCAAACAGUCCGGUCUCCUGGUUUGCCGUUGGAUGUUACUAUUUAAUGGUUGGUCACAAAAAUGAGCAUGCACGUAGAUACCUUAGCAAAGCCACCACCCUGGAAAGGACGUACGGACCAGCGUGGAUUGCAUACGGACACUCCUUUGCUGUGGAGAGCGAACACGACCAGGCCAUGGCUGCCUACUUCACCGCUGCCCAGCUCAUGAAAGGGUGCCACCUCCCCAUGCUGUACAUUGGCUUGGAGUACGGGCUGACCAACAACUCCAAGCUGGCAGAGCGCUUCUUCAGCCAGGCCCUGAGCAUCGCGCCCGAGGACCCGUUUGUCAUGCAUGAGGUGGCUGUGGUGGCCUUCCAGAACGGAGACUGGAAGGCCGCAGAGAAACUGUUUCUGGACGCGAUGGAGAAAAUUAAAGCCAUUGGAAACGAGGUCACCGUGGACAAAUGGGAGCCUUUGCUAAAUAACCUGGGACAUGUCUGUCGAAAGCUGAAGAAGUAUGACCAGGCUCUGGAGUACCACCGGCAGGCCUUGGUGCUCAUUCCCCAACAUGCCUCUACCUACUCUGCCAUUGGAUAUGUGCACAGCCUCAUGGGAGAUUUUGAGAGCGCUAUUGACUAUUUUCACACAGCACUUGGUCUCAAAAGGGACGACACAUUUUCUGUGACGAUGCUAGGACACUGCAUCGAGAUGUACAUUGGAGAAACUGAUGCCUAUAUAGGAACUGACAUCAAGGACAAGCUGCGGGGCAGCGUGAGCACGCCAACGCUGAUGAAGGUGCUGAACACGUCGGCGGACUCGGGCGAGAGCCGGACGCAGCCCCUGGAGGAGAGCGGCAUCAUGGCCCUGGAGACGUCGCCCCCGAACCCAGACAAGCCCACGGAGCCCGCCUUCCCGCGCUCGCUUCCGGAGUGCUACAUGUACGAGAGCGACAUGAUGCUGGAGACCUCCAUGUCUGACACCAGCACGUGACGUGGCCUGCCCUGAUCCGCGCCUGGGUCGAGGACUAAGGGAAAACAGAGACCCGAUCCCAACCCCACAGCCUGACUGAGGAGGACAGAGCAACCACUUCCCACUCAAAUCCCCUCCUCCCGCCCACCUUCCUCCUGC